AUGUUUGAACACAUGACGCCGCCGCGGCUAGGAAACGUCGAGAUUCAAGACACCACCAGCGACGGCAUGCCUAUAUAUCAAAUCCCGACAGAGCAUUCUCGGCUUCCAAACGAUGACUCCUCCAGUCAAUCAGUUCAAGAGGCAAUGUUGACUUCUCAACCUGGUUCAGUCAUGAAGCCAACCGAAAACAAAUCCGACUGCCAGACUCCUUCUGCGGUCGAUGAAGAAGAUGAGGUUAGCCCCCGGAAACUCAAAUACGACGACAAUCAAGAUCUGCCGUACUACUUUGAGUCUGAUGGCGACGAAAACCAUCAGCGGGAUAUGCUCACGAAGCUCUUGGAGGCCGGGGCGAAUCCAAGCAACCUGGACUUUAAUGGCAUCUCCCCGCCGCAUAGCGUCCUGAAUCAAGACGAAGACUUUUAUCAAUUUAGAGGUAGUGGUAAUAACCCUACAGGAAGAAACACUGCAUCGAAGCUCUGGUUAUGUUUGGAGCAGACGUGA